AGGGCAGAGCAGAGCAGAGUACGCGGCGAGAGGAGCCUGUGAAGGGAUUCCCGCGGUCCCCAGAAUCCUGCUCUGCCCUGGAUUUCAAUUUGUUGAAAUGAGCAGUCGUAAAUCAAAGAGUAACAACUUAAUACAAGCAGAAUACCUUUCGCGGGUACAAAGAAUUUUACGUGAAAGAUUUUGUCAUCAGAGUCCACAUAGUAACCUAUUUGGAGUACAAGUACAAUAUAAACACUUAAUUGAGCUGCUGAAAAGAACUGCUAUCCAUGGAGAAAGUAACUCUGCUCUCAUUAUUGGACCCCAAGGAUCAGGAAGGACUAUGUUAAUAAACCAUGCUUUGAAAGACCUAAUAGAAGGAGAAGGGAGUGAAAAUGUAUUACAAGUUCACUUAAAUGGACUGCUGCAGAUCGAGGACAAAAUUGCCCUAAGGCAGUUAAAUCUGGAAACUGUAGUUGGAGAUAGUUUUGGAAGUUUUGCUGAAAACCUUUCAUUUCUUCUGGAAGCUUUAAAAAAAGGUGACUGGACUAGUAGUUGCCCAGCGAUCUUCAUAUUAGAUGAAUUUGAUCUUUUUGCUCAUCAUAAAAACCAAACACUCCUCUAUAAUCUUUUUGACAUUUCUCAGUUUGCACAGACUCCAGUAGCAGUUAUUGGUCUUACACGUAGAUUGGAUAUUUUGGAACUCUUAGAAAAAAGAGUGAAGUCACGAUUUUCCCACUGGCAGAUACACUUAAUGAAUUCACUUGGUUUUCCACAGUAUCUUAAAAUAUUUAAAGAACAAUUAUCUCUAUCUGCAGUAUUUCCAGACAAGAUUUUCGCUGAGAAGCGGAAUGAGAAGGUUCAGAGUCUCUCAGAAGAUAGAAGUGUACAAGAAGUGCUGCAGAAGCAUUUCAAUGUCAGCAAAAACCUGCGGUCAUUACACAUGCUAUUGAGGCUUGCUUUAAAUCGCGUAACACCAUCACAACCAUUUAUGACUGCAGCAGAUCUGACGGAGGCAAAUCAGCAGUGUAGCGUGGACUCUAAAGCAAAUAUUGUACGUGGUCUGUCGGUCUUGGAAAUCUGUCUUAUCAUAGCAAUGAAACAUUUAAAUGACAUCUAUGAAGAGAAGCCCUUUAAUUUUCAAAUGGUUUAUAAUGAGUUUCAGAAGUUUGUUCAAAGGAGGGCCCAUUCUGUUUAUAAUUUUGAGAAAUCUGUUGUCAUGAAGGCUUUUGAACACUUACAACAAUUAGAAUUAAUAAGGCCCCUGGAAAGAACAUCAGUAAAUACACAGAGGGAGUACCAGCUGAUGAAACUACUUCUGGAUAAUACACAAAUUAUGAAUGCUUUGCAGAAAUACCCUAACUGUCCUACAGAUGUUAGGCAGUGGGCAACAUCCUCCCUAAACUGGUUAUAAAUAUAACCAUGGCUUCAGUUAUGGAGUUUCAGGCAUACUUCUCUAAAGAACUAAAAGCUAUUGUCCUUUAACAAGAUAUGUUACUAUGUUUCCUAUAUUUAUAAAGAUGUAUUUUUGUAUUUAUGGGAGACUGUUAAAUAUGCAGUAUCAUGGC